GCCCCGCCCUGCGCGCCUUCCCUCCUGCGUUCGCCGGCCUCUUCUGCCUCUUAGAACCUUCCUGCGGUCGUGCUCGCAUCUCGCUGCUGCAGCCUCUGGGGCCAGUUUCCAUCCCUCCAGCCUGAAACCAGCCAAGAAAAAAAAAAAAAUUACUUUAUCUUGCUCGGUACCUACCUUGAAACCAGCACAAAUUUAUUACAGUAAACCUUAGCCAUGAGGGAAAUCGUGCACAUCCAGGCCGGACAAUGUGGCAACCAGAUCGGUGCUAAGUUUUGGGAGGUGAUUAGCGAUGAACAUGGCAUCGACCCCACCGGUACCUACCAUGGAGACAGCGACCUGCAGCUGGACCGAAUUUCUGUGUACUACAAUGAAGCCACAGGUGGCAAGUAUGUCCCUCGAGCUAUCUUGGUGGAUCUAGAACCCGGAACCAUGGACUCCGUUCGAUCAGGUCCCUUUGGCCAGAUCUUCAGACCAGACAACUUUGUUUUUGGUCAGUCUGGGGCAGGCAACAACUGGGCCAAGGGUCACUACACAGAGGGUGCAGAGCUGGUUGACUCUGUCCUGGAUGUGGUGCGGAAGGAAGCAGAGAGCUGUGACUGCCUGCAAGGCUUUCAGCUGACCCACUCACUGGGCGGAGGUACCGGUUCUGGUAUGGGCACCCUGCUCAUCAGCAAAAUCCGAGAAGAAUAUCCUGACCGAAUCAUGAAUACCUUCAGUGUGGUACCUUCACCCAAAGUGUCUGACACCGUGGUUGAGCCCUACAAUGCCACCCUGUCUGUCCAUCAGUUGGUCGAGAACACAGAUGAGACCUACUGCAUUGACAACGAGGCCCUCUAUGACAUCUGCUUUCGUACCCUCAAGCUCACCACGCCCACCUAUGGAGACCUAAACCACCUUGUCUCUGCCACCAUGAGCGGUGUCACCACCUGCCUCCGCUUCCCAGGCCAGCUCAAUGCUGAUCUCCGAAAGUUGGCUGUCAACAUGGUGCCCUUCCCACGGCUCCACUUCUUCAUGCCUGGCUUCGCCCCACUCACCAGCCGUGGAAGCCAGCAGUAUCGGGCCCUCACUGUGCCUGAACUUACCCAGCAGGUCUUUGAUGCCAAGAAUAUGAUGGCUGCCUGUGACCCCCGCCAUGGCCGAUACCUCACUGUGGCAGCUGUCUUCCGUGGGCGGAUGUCCAUGAAGGAGGUGGAUGAGCAGAUGCUGAAUGUGCAGAACAAGAACAGCAGCUACUUUGUGGAAUGGAUCCCCAACAACGUCAAGACAGCCGUCUGUGACAUCCCACCACGUGGCCUCAAGAUGGCCGUCACCUUCAUUGGAAACAGCACAGCCAUCCAGGAGCUCUUCAAGCGUAUCUCAGAGCAGUUCACGGCCAUGUUCCGCCGGAAGGCCUUCCUCCACUGGUACACAGGUGAGGGCAUGGACGAGAUGGAGUUCACUGAAGCCGAGAGCAACAUGAAUGACCUCGUCUCCGAGUAUCAGCAGUACCAGGAUGCCACAGCGGAAGAAGAGGAGGAUUUCGGGGAGGAGGCAGAAGAAGAGGCCUAAGGCAGCGAGCCCUGCAUCACCUCAGGCUGCUUAGUUCCCUCAGCUUUCAGCUGCCCAUUUUUCUCCUUCAGAGUUUCUUUCUGUUGCCUCUGUCCUGUUUUUGUUUGUUUUUGCUUUUUUUUAUCUUUUUUUCAUUGAGGGGGGUUGAACAGUGCCUGGCACACAGAAGGCGCUCAAUAAAUAUUUGUUUGUGGAA